GUAAGAUGAUUGCUGAUGAGAAAACCGGUCAAGGCUCGAACAAUUUCUCCACUAAUCUGCUCGCUUUUUACAUGGAUUCAAUCGCCACCUGUUUUUCUGAUGAGGCAGACAAACUUUGCAUCUCCAUCGCUCUCAGCUCUCUGUCUGCGUUGCUUUUACUUUUGUCGUGCCUUGUGCUCGUGCAUCAGAAGUGCAAAUGUGGUGGAGAAAAUCCGAGAGAAACCGUCAUUUUCUUCUACUGCUUCCUCGGUAACCUGUGCAGCACUGUUGGAGCCAUUCUGUCUAGACAGCUUUAUAUUCAGAUUUUAAUGGGUGCUCUUGCUGCUACAGUGGAUGCUGUCAAUGUUGUGUCUUGCUAUUUCACAGUGUUCCUCUGCUGGAAUUCAAAGAGAGGAAGGAGGCUGAGGAUGAUGCAGAGACGGAGGAGACAGCACUUCCUUGCGGUGUGCAUAUUGAUGGUGGUUGCAGGAGGCUUUCUGAAGUCCAGGGUUAGCCACCACUCGGCAGAUAGGCCUCUCAGUGGGAGGAAACUUCUGAAUGUCACCCUUCAAGACAACAGUGAAAUCCUUGGUUACAUACUGGGCUUGAUCUCUUUUGUCAUUGCCUGUACCUCCAGAUUCCCUGCAGUCGGCAGAGCCUACAGAGGACAAAUGUUGACCCAGGCCUACAUGUUCUCAGGACUGCUGUGCUCGCUGGCUGGUGCCCUCUACACUGCUGCCAUACUCCUCUGCGACACUCAGCUUGAGUUUCUUCUGAGAGUCAUGCCAUGGCUGCUGUCAGCAAUAUGCUGUGUUAUUCUGGAUCUUCUUGUAUCCUUGAACAGCACAAUUCUAGUCCUCCACUGGAGCAAGAGAGGAACCAGGCAGCACCUUAUGAGGUUUUCUCCAGACACAGAGAGCCUAUUGGGUGGCUCAGGCAUUCUCACUGAGGAGAAAGGUGUUGUGAAGAAACACAGAAAACAAAAAGUUAAGUCAGCAGAAACAAAAAAGAUGACUGAAAUGGGCCAUUACAUGGAUGUCAGUACUCACCCUGCAAGAAAAAUAUGUCUAAAAGAGGUGACAUUGUCCAAGGAGGAGGCGGAGGACCAGCCUCUCAACAGGACAGUGCGAGUGAUCAGAGUAGAUAGUUUCUGUUUUUCAGAUACAUCCUGUGACUCUUCACUAGUCAGUUCUGAUCUGGAGUGGGAUUUUGAAGAGGCAAAUGGCCAGUGGAGAGAACCAACAACAAAACAACAGCAAGGGGAUGAGUUCCCCCUCCAAGAGUGGCCAGCAAACCCCGGACCCUUUAACAUCUGCACCUGUGCCAUGUCUGGACUCUCACAGAAAACUGUCUGGUAAAGAAGAGGGGAAGUAUGUCUCUGCUGUAAGUCUGGCUAAAUGACAAAGAACUGUCAUUUUCAGUUAGUAAUGUGUUAGAUACAUUGUACACAACUGGUGCUUUAAUUUGAGAUGUAAUAAAAUCUGCAAACACUGACCU